AUGGGUUACGAUAUUGAGCGUUUCCUGGGAUAUGUGAAUGAUGGUCUCCUGUGUUGUAUUUGCCGGGAUGUACUAGAAGAUCCUUUACAAGCACCCUGUGAGCAUGCAUUCUGCGCGGCCUGCAUACAUGGAUGGCUCGUUCACCACAACAACUGCCCUGAAGACAGACAGAUGCUGACUGUUUCUGAACUGAGACCGUUACACAGGUAUAUGAGAAAUGAUCUAAACCGACUUCAAAUCCAGUGUAAGAACUUCCGGAGCGGCUGCAGUAUGGUUUGUUCCCUGGAAUCUAUAGACAGGCAUGAGAUAGAGUGUGAAUAUGGACGCAUGUCCUGUAUAAACGCUGGUUGCCCUGCUCAGUUUGAGCGAAGAAACCUGGACAGCCAUCUGGCAGCGUGUGAACAUCGAAGUCGGGAGUGCCCGAAUGGUUGUGGUUAUGCCAUUCUUAGUGCUGAAGAUUUACAGCAUAACUGCAUAGCUGAAAUGAGGACGGAACUUGAGCUUCUCCGGUCUGAAAUGAUCUGCAGAGUUGAGGAAACAAAGCAGGAGAUGGAAUCCAGGCUGGACUCCCAGAGAAGACACAUGGUGCAGAAAGAGGGAGUUCUUCAGGGUGAAAUGGAAGAGCUCAAGAGUCAGAUGUCACGAAUGAUGUCUGAUGUGCGGACUCUCAUGGCUUCAGAAAGACAGCAUCGGCAGGACUUGGAGCAGGCAGACCUGGAAAAACGGGAACUGAUGGAACUUCUUAAAAGUUUACAGCGAGACUGCAGAUCAAGAAAUGAUGAUACGCAAAAACCACCUAACAGUCGCCCACUAACGCAUUUAGAAAGUAUAAAGAGAAAACCCAGGGACGUCACUGUUAUCUGA